AUGAGUGAAAUUGUUUCUGGACGAGCCCGUGUUGUUUUUUCGCAUCCUGAUUUUUUGCAUUUAGCGAAAGGUGGUUUGGAUGGGAAAAUUGUUGCAUAUAAAGAUUCUUGGUUAUCUAAAAGUUAUGAAAUGCAGGACUGGGUUACUUUCAAAGCGAAGCCGCAUGAUUCGGAAGGUAAUCAUGGUUUGCAUGGUGUUAGGUAUAAAGCAUUACCCAAUUCUGUUAAAUUUGAAUCGAAAGGUAAAAUUGUUGAUGGCGUUGGAACGUUAUUAAAACUUGAUGAAAAUCAUGGACAGUACGGUUUUAUUAAGGCAAACGAUGGGUCAACAGUUUAUUUUACUGCAAGUGUAGUACGGCCUGAAACUAAGGAUAUUCGUAAAGUUUUUAAAAUUGGAGCGCGUAUUCGUUAUAGAGCUACAGAACAAAAACAGAAUAAUGUGCAGUGGCGAGCUAUAGCUGUAUGUGAUAAAAAUGAUAAUAUUGAUAAUCUCGUGGGACGACAAUCGAAAUCAGCAGAAAAUAAUGUUGCUGCGAGGUCAGUUCAUUUAUUCGUUCAUUUUUCAAAAAUUCAACAUUUUUUGGUUAAUAUUUAA